CGCCGCGGCUCUCUCUUCUUCUUCCUCUUGUCCUGCUUCGCCGCCAAUGCACGGCCAAAUCCACCGCCGGCCGCCGACGACCGCCACCCCGCGAACUCCUCAGCAUGUCGUCGCCGUGCUAAACCACCCGUGCACGUGCUCUGUCUCCCAAGGGAGGGACUGCCGCCAUGGCCGCUGGGUGGGGCGGGGGCGGGAGGGGAGGUCAAAUCCGAGCCGAGGUGAGGAAUCUCCAAGCCGAAGAUCUCGAGCUGAAUCCCUCUCCAAGCACAGUUUGAAUCCGCGAGGUGAGAGUUGAGUUUGGUCUUGUUAGAAGGGGAAUAUUUAUUUUUUGCUGUUUAUUAUAGAGGGCAGUAGCAAUCCCGUGCUGGUUACGAUGGAGAGAACACUAGAGUAAAGUAUGCUAAUUAAUCUUUCCUUAAUAAAGCAAUAUACUCUUGUCUGACUGCUGCUCAAUUUUGACUCUCCGAUGAAUACCGGAGUUGGAGGAAGCACUAGCCUGCUCUUCUUUGGCUUGCUGAAUAAAUAUCACUAGGAUAAUAUAUAUUGGGGGUAGUUUUGCGUGGUCAUUGUCGACAGGAGCAGGUGGCGAUGCUUCAUCACGCAAAUGGUACUACCAAGUUCUGUCUGUAUCUGCUCCUCAACGAUCAUUCGAUUCUAAUUCUAGUUACUAAUAAAGAAAGGGAAAUUGUAACCAAUAGUAGGCAGUGACGGUUUCUACAGAAUGGAUUGACCAUGAUGUGUGAAAGCCUCCCUUACAACCGAUAUAAAGAAUUUCAAUUCGCAGCUCACUGACUCAUUCUGCCAAGUCCCCCCAAAUGGAGGUUUUCCUUUCAGCGGUGUUGGGCGAACUUUCCACCAGAGCCAUGAGUUUGUUCAUCAACAGAUACUCCAAGUCCAUGCUGCCGGUAGUGGCCGUGGAGGAUAGCCUAGAGAGGAUAUUGCUCCGGGCGCAGGUCAUCAUCGACGAGGCUGCAGGGAGGCAAGUCACGAACCAAGGGAUGCUCCGCCAGCUGAGCAUGCUGAGGGAUGCCAUGUAUCGAGGCUACUAUGUGCUCGACACCUUCAGAUGCCGUGCUCACCGAGAAGACGAGGCGGAAGAGAAUCAGGUUGCGAGAAGCUCGUGGGCUUUGUCUAAAUUCAGCUAUGCAAAACGUCUUCGUUUCUCAAGCAGUGGCGACAUGCAAAAUUUACAAGAACUUGAAGGGGUCCUUGGCAGUUUGAGAACCAUGAUUCUUGAUGUCAGUGAGCUGGUCACGUUCUUGACAACAUAUCCUCGUCUGCAUCGCCAGCCUUACAGCAUGCAUCUUUUGUUUGAGAAGUGCAUGUUUGGCCGCCAGAUGGAGAUGGAGCUGGUUAUCAACUUCCUGUUGCACACGCAACCUUGUUGCGGCAGUACUCCUGACAACUGUGAUAUCCUCCCAAUUGUUGGUCCAGGGAGAGUUGGAAAGAGCACCCUUGUCACUCAUGUCUGUGAUGACGAAAGAGUCCAUCGACACUUCUCACAGAUUGUGUUCUUGAGACAUGACAAUUUUAGGGAUAAAGAGAUAUCCACUCUGACUCUGAGAGAUGUAUGUGCAGUGGGACAUGAGAAUAAUAUGAGAAUGCUGGUUGUUGUGGAGGUAGUUGGGGAUCUCCAUGAAGAUCUGUGGGAAAUGCUGUGCUCUCUCACUCGACGGUUCAGCAAAGCUGGUAGCAAGAUCAUAAUCACAAGCCGGUCAAACAAGAUCAAGAAGCUUGGGACAGUGCAGGCUCUGACGCUGAAGCAUCUGUCCGAUGAGGCGUACUGGUAUUUCUUCAAGGUGAUUACGUUUGGAAGCACAGACCCGCAUAUGCACCCAGAACUUGUGCACUUGGCUAUGGAGAUAGCCAGGGCUCAUAAUGGUUCUCUCUUUGCUGCGAAUAUGACUGCUUGCUUAUUGAGAGCCAAUUUUGACAUUCAGUUUUGGCGCAAGGUUCUGGCAUUCCUGAGAGGAUACUUAGAAAAGCAUUUCUCCAUGUUUGGUGAGCAUCCGUGUGAUAUGCUGGAAGGAAAUAUCCCUACAUAUAUUCAAAGAAUGGGUAGAACUACAGAAGAUUUUUAUGUUUUUGAUCAGUAUCAAAUGUGCUCUUCUCAAGAGGAAAUUCCCACGAUAACAAUCCAAGAUGUGAUGUACAGAGGCGUCAAGCCUCAUGGGAUAUUUAAGGUCCUCGCAUGGAAAUCUCAGAUACCGCCGUACUAUUGCUACGUCUAUACAUGUGAGAUUCAAGAGCUGCAAACUAGAUUUAUUAAGAGGAAGCGCUCUCUGAUUUAUGAUAUUAGACAAGGGAGUCUGGCUUGUCAACAAUGACCAAAUGCAGGUAGGCGUCACUUUCUGUAGCUGUCCAUGAUCCACUUGUUGUGCAGUCGUGGUGGGGAGAGGGUCCCAGACAGAGACAUCCCAAAUUCCCUAUAAUUUGUCCAAGCCACCAAUGCUGACCAUUCUUCAGAGCCUACAGGGAUUCUUGUCUAAGCACAGAUCACAGUUGAGGUGGCUGUGGAACGGCAUAUAACAGCACAAGUGUGAAACAGGACAUCGUAGGCUGCACUGCCAUUUCCCUAGUUCAGCAAUUGAAGAUCCCAGAGGUCAAGAUCUGUAAAGUCAAUUUGAUAAAGAAGAAAAAUGCAACCAAAUGACAAAGAUUGUAUGCAUGGGAGAACUGGGAUUUUCUCCAGAAAAGCAUUUGACUUUGACCAGGCUGCAUGACUUUGUUAACCAUCAGUGGCCAGGGAUUGAGCAUAAACAGUAAGUUUUCAGAGACUUCAAUUUUCUAGCCCCUGAGGAGAGAGUCCCAAGACCCAAAUGGAGAUUUUCAUUUCUGCCGUGAUGGGUGAACUCGCCACAAGAUCCAUGAGUUUCUUAAUCAACAAAUACUCCAAGCCAACAGAGCUGACCCUGCAGGCUAGCCUGGAGAGGAUCCUCCUCAGGGCACAGGUCAUCCUCGACGAGGCUGCAGGGCGGCACAUCACAAACCAUGGGAUGCUUCUGCAGCUAAGCAUGCUGAGGGAUGCCAUAUACCAAGGUUAUUACGUUCUUGACACCUUCAGAUACCAUGCUCAUAAAGAAAUCGAGGUGAAAGAUCAGCAGGUCGUGAGUCGCUCUUGGGCUUUGCCUCAAUUUAGUCAUGCGCAACACUUUAGCCUCUCCAGCAGCAGCAGAAGAAAAACUUUGCAAGAGCUUGAAGAGGUCCUUGACAGUUUGAGGACCAUGAUUCUUGAUGCCAGUGAGCUGGUACUGUUCUUGAGUACAUAUCCUCACCGGCAUCGGCAGCCUUACAGCAUGCAUCUCUUGCUGGACAAGUGCAUGUUUAGCCGCCAGAUGGAGAUGGAGCAGGUCAUCAAUUUCCUAUUGCACACACAACCUUAUUGUGGCAGCAGUCUUGGCAGGUUUGAUGUCCUCCCAAUUGUUGGUCCAGGGAGAGCUGGAAAGAGUACCCUUGUCGCUCAUGUCUGCGAGGACGAAAGAGUCCGCGAUAAUUUCCGACAGAUCAUGUUCUUCAGACACGGUAAUUUAAGAGGUGAAGAUAUGGCCACUUUGAGAGAAGGAUGUGAGAAUAAUGGGAGAUUGCUGGUUGUUCUUGAGGUAGCUGGGGAUCUCCACGAAGAUCUGUGGGAAAGGUUGUGCAAUUUUGCUCGAUGUAGAACUACAAGUGGCAGUAAAAUCAUAAUCACAAGCCGAUCUGAGAAGAUCAAGAAGCUUGGAACAGCACAGGCUGUAACACUAAAGCAACUGCCCCAUGAGGCAUACUGGUAUUUCUUCAAGGUGAUUACAUUUGGAAGCACAGACCCGGAGAUGCACCCAAGACUUGUUUAUUUGGCAAUGGAGAUAGCGAGGAUGCUGAAUGAAUCUUUGACUGCUGCAAACAUCACCGCCUGUUUAUUGAGAGACAAUUUUAAUGCCCGUUUCUGGUACAAGCUUCUGGUGUUCCUGAGAGGAUGCGUACAGAAUCAUCUCUCCAAAUUUUCUGCUCAUCCAUCUGCUUUUCUCAAUGAGAAUAGACCUACAUAUCUUGAAAGAAUGGGUGGAACUACUGAAGGCUUUCUUGUUCUUGAUCAGUAUCAGACUUGCUCUUCUCAAGAGGAAGUUCCGAAAAUAACGUUCCAAGAUGUGAUGUAUGGAAGCAUCAGGCCUCAUGGGACAUUUAAGGUCCUUGCAUGGAAGUCUCGAAUAGCACCCUACCAUUGCUGCAUCUAUACUUGUGAGAUUCGGGAGCUUCAAGCUAGAGUUGCCAAGAGAAAGCGCUCUCAUAGUGUUAUUAGACAUUGUUAAUUUCGUAGCUGUUAGUCUCAUAUGCUGUUAUCUUCUUAUGUGUAAAUCCUAGAUCAUUACUGAAAUAAUGAGGCAUGGCAUGGAGACCUACACUUUUUGGGAAUUAAAGUUGAGAUACACAUUAUAAUGAGCUAUCAAUUAUGUGUUCUUGUCAAUGAUUUUACUAAACUUAGCUCAGAAAGUAGAUGCUCCCAAAUGGAGAUGCUUCUUGCUGCAAGUCCAAAGCUAAUUCUGCAGGAAAUCAUGUCUUUUGAGGGGAUGUUUUGGGCUUUUGGCCGUGGACGGAGAUCUGAAUGUCUGAUGCACUACCACCAUACAACAACUAAUGAUGAUGUCUAUGCUGCAAAAUUCGCGACGCACUGUUGCGAGCUGCUAAGAAGAGAUUGAAAAAUAAGGUUGAAGUCCUUGUUUUGUAGUAACAGUCGCUGUCUCACUGAAGAGCUUUGGUUCAGAGAAAAAAUCAACUGGUAUGGUACCUUGACCUUGUCUUGUGGCUAAUGGGUACAAUUGGAGACUGCUAGUCCUUUGAUUAUGGCCGUGAACUCCUGCAAUUGCAUUCUUGACUGUGAUCUUUAGGGACAGUAGGGUGAGUUGCCUCUUCCCCUUGUGGGCUAUCUCUCUACAGUUGGUUUGUGGUACACUGGUCUUAUUUCUGAACUAAAUAAGUAAUGCAUGGAACAUUUAUGCAUUAUGGCAAAAUUCAUGUUCAAUUUCUAGGUGACUUUCCAAUGCACCAAUAUAGGUAUCAGGUAUGGCAUUGACUUUGUUGUUAGUUUGAUCAACUGGAUGUUCUUUGAGUCCAGAUUGAUUGGGAGAACCGGAUAAGGUUGGUUGCUUUGACACAAAGGAAGUUUUUCCCGUGCUUCAAGCAACUUCUUGUGCCACGAUAGCUUUUUAUGCCCCUGAAGGUCCACUUUAGUUGUAGUUCUAUCCUGUUCUACCUUCUACUUCUGCAGUAAAAAACUCUACUAACAGAAUUAACUAGUUGACUUAAGUGGUCUUUUAGAGUAAUUCUGAAACAACCAGGAAGUAAAUAUAAGAGGUAAAAACAUGCAUUUCAUUAUGAUACAACAUAUUUUUACAACUAGAUCUUCAGAGGUCAACACAAACUCUUCCUCUUCUUACAACGGUUAUUCCACUUAAACAUAAACUUUGAAUCACGUAUCUCACAGCUAGUUAUGCAGCUGUAAUACGGCGGCAAGUGAGAUUUCCAUACUACAACAUCAAAUCUUCCUUGUGGUGAGGCACUUCCAAAAAUGACAUCAUCCAUGGUUACUUUGGUAACAUCUUCAUGAGAAAGCUCUACUCGAACAUGACUGUCAACUACACAAUCCUGAGUAUGUCUAGCUACUCUUUGAAUAUAGAGAUGUUUAUUGUCCACCCUACUGGUAUCUCUUGAACCUGUACCAUAUCAACAUGGAUUUCUCAGCCUAUUUCCCCGAACACAUGUAAGAAUCCUUCGCCAGUUCUGUAUAUUAGCUUGGCUCUGAGAAAUCCAGCAAUAUUUAUUGAAUUUGCGAAAGGGCCAGUGAAAUCAUUAAAUACUUCUUAGUCAAAGAACUCCUCAAAUAUCUCCAUUGCUAUGGAGGCUAGUUUUAUCUCCAAGUAUUUAAUGGAUAUGCUUUUCUCCGCAGUUGCAGGUGACACUCGCCAAUCGAUCAGAUCAACAUCCUUCAUGAUCAACAGCCGACAUGUCCACUCAACACCGACAACAACUGCUGUGGAGAACCUACAAAUCCUAUGUGGGGAUUGCUAUUCUCCUGAAGGAUGCCAAAGCUGAAGGGAGUCGGGCCAUUCUUGGCGUGAAGAAAAACAAGGUCAUUAGUCAUUUUUCUGUUUGUUUGUUUAUGUCAGCGAGCGUGUUAUGGUCCAACAUUUCCCGGUCGACAUUUUGGGGGUCAUUUUGCUUCUGCUUUUUUAGAAAUAUGUCUGCUGUUUUUUUGUCAAAUUUUGUUUUGUGCUGGCAUUAUCAUUGGUCUGUCCCUGGUUGUUUCCUGUACCUGUUUUCUUCAGGAAGGUGAACCAGAACAAUGCUCCUGCACUGGCGUUCCCGGAGGACGGCGAGCGGAGGAAGAUCGACCGGAGAGCUGCAUCCUAGAGGUUUACGUUCAUCGCUGAAUCCGUGCCAGAGAAGGUCCAGGCACCGGCUGGCAACUGCCCCUGAGACUGAGAGCUUGGUCCCAGCGUUUGGGCUGAGACCUCAGGGAGUUAGGAGACUGAAGAUCACGCACUAGCUGGAUAUUGCUAUAUCUUGCAAUCGCAAACACGCACGAGUAUAUUUAUAUCCUCGUGAUCUUCGCUGAUGAUAGUAAAAAAGGUAUGCUUUUGCUGAAUAAUGCUCGAAUUGAAUCGGUUCAUCGAUCUCUUGAACUUCAUGGAGCCGAAAGAACUGCUUGCUAGCUAGCUAUCCGUGGUGUUAAUUUGUUCAGAGUAAGCAACUCUUUACUCCUACAAAAGAUUGAAUCGGUGGCCGCGGCCAGUCACAUUUCCAGAA